GUUUAUUUAAGAUAUUUCCCCUGCAGGUGAAUUUCCACAGCUCAGGCUCGCUGGAAAGGGGCUGGCGAAAUAACCGCAGGAGCCACUUUUGGGAAGCGGGACACAUCCAGGCCGCUUGGUUGCAGCCCAGCGACCUGCGGCAGAUUUGUGUUUUGCUAGAUCUGGUUUCUUGCCUGCAUAAUCCUGGUUUUGAUGAAACCAUGUUUUUAAGAAGCAAAGAAAGUCCCCAGUGAGUGGUGCUGAGUCCGCUCAUGGCCGUGGUUCCCCAGGGGCACACCGAGCAGCAGGCAGCCCCACGGGAACGGCAAAGCCUCCAUCUGAUCUUCUGCCUCUCUCCAACAACAGACCUGAAAGGAGCACAGAGAGCGAUGUGGGUCUCCAGCACGCCCCAUGCGUGAUCCUCUUGGCUUGGCAAAAGGCAGCCCAAGGCCACUCCAAGGAGCUCUGGACGGAUGGACAUGCCAUUCUGUACGUCGUGUGGCUGUCAUCUGGAAGCUAACAUAAGAAAUGGCUCACUGGAGAGGAAGCGCCGUGGCUCUGCUGGAGCAGAUUCCUGCCUGCAAGCCGAGCGUGCGCGAGAAAAUGAUUGGGCUUUGAAAGCAACCCCCCAGCUGGAACAACACGUUGCUGCUCCGGUCGAAUGUCAUCACGGAUGAACUGUCUUUCCCCCUGAAAUCAUAUUUUCAGAAGAGCUGACAAAAAUGAUGAUGGGAAGCUGUCCCUGGAGGAGUUCCAGGCCUUUUUUUCGGAUGGGACACUCAACGAGGAAGAACUUGAGAAGCUCUUCCACACCAUUGACUCGGACAACACCAAACUAUUUUGCUGAUCAUAUGGGAGACUACGAAGAUGUCUUGGCCUCGCUGGAGACCCUGAACCUCUCCAUCCUGAAGGCGAUGGACUACACCAAGCGGGUCUACGAGAGCGGCAGCAACGUGGACCAGUUCGUCACCCGCUUCCUGCUGAAGGAGACGGCCAACCAGACCCAGUCGCUGCUCAGCUCGGUGGAGAGCGCCGUGGAUGCCAUCGAUGAGCAGACCAACCCUGCCAGGCACUACCCCGGCCAGGCUGGCCACGCGCUGGUGGAGCCCUGGUAUGACAGCCCCGUGCCCAGCUACGCGCCCCCUGCCCGCAUGGUGCCCAGGGACCACGGGAAGGGCAGCCAGACCGGUCCCUCUGACCCCAAGGAGGACGGGCUGGAGGGGCAGAUCAGCAGGCUGGCCGCGCUCAUCGGCAGGCUGGAGGACAAGACCCUCUGGUUUGACCUGCACCAGCGGCUGUCAGACAGCGAGAGCACAGCAUGCACGUACCUCCUCCUGGUGCGGGACGAGAUGACGGUGUCGCACAAGCACCUGGGCGAGUUCUGCAGCUCCCUGAAGCAGUAUCUGAAGAGCGUGGCCGGGGAGAGGGACUGCUUCCAUGUCACCGCGGUCAAGCUGCCCGACGGGGUCACCUUCAUCGUCUACGAGUUUUGGGAGACUGAGGAGGACUGGAAGAGGCACCUGCAGAGUGCCACCUGCAAGGGCUUCCAGCACGUCAAGGUGGACACCCUGAGCCAGCCGGAGGCCAUCUCCAGCGUGGCCGUGCCAGCCGCCUGGUGCACCCUGAGCCGAGAGUGACAGCGCCGAGGGCCUGGCCAUUUCCCCCCCCUCCUGACAGCCCCGGGAGGAUGGGAGGUGUGAGUGUCACCUGCCUGCGCUGAAGGAACCCGCUGUGACCCCCCCAAAACCCCUAAACCUCCUGCAUCCCACCCCUGGCUACCCCAUCCCUGGGGGCACCCCUCCAAGGGGGUGGGGGCAUGAUGAGGAUGGGGUGGGUAUGAGGGGGGGGCUGACCCCCCCCAAAAAAUGGGUGUUGGGAUCCCUGUAGGGCCCUGAUGGGGUCUACAGGAGAGGGAGUGGGGCUGUGGGGUGGCAGGGAUGGAAAUCUUGGGUUGCGGGGGUCCCCAGGGGUUUCCUUCACCUAUCGGGGUGGCAGCAGGUGCCCUGCAGGCUUUGGGGGUGGCUGUGUCAUGCCCCCCUUUCCCCAAACCCUGGGGUCUGUCCGUCCAUGCGUGCCUGUCCGUCUGUCUGUCUGUGCACACCCUGCCCGACCCCAUGGGCUGCCCGAGGGGGGUUUGGAGGGCUGUGUGUGGGGGGGGGGGGGCCUCACCAGGUCCCUUCCUCACCCAAGUGUUUAUUAACAGUAGAGCAAUGGAGACGAUACCGAAUAAAAUCGUGAUGGGAGACAGC